GAUGUGUAUUUAUAGAUGCGUGUCUAUGAGCUGCAGCUCCCGCCCUCUGAAACAACAACAAACUGUGACAGGAACAAGGAACAAGGAAGUCGUGCACCUGCCAUCUUUGACCGAGCGCUGCUCGUUCUGCGACCCGGAACCUGCCGCUCGGUGAUUUUAUCAAGCGGCCGCACGUCGGUGUCGCUCACCUGUUCAGGUGUCGUGAAGCGACGUCAUGUCAGAGGCUGAUGAGGUGCAGCUGCGGCACGUCGACCUCGGUCGGCCCGCCGCCCGAAGCGAGGCCACCGAGGGGCGGGGGGAGGCCCGGACCGAGGCCACCGCCCGGACCGAGGCCACCGCCCGGACCGAGGCCAUCGAAGAGCGGACAGGCGCGGCCGAGGGUCGGACCGAGGAGCGGACCGAGGAGCGGACAGGUGCGGAAGAGGGUCGGACCGAGGAGCGGACAGGUGCGACCCUGGAGCGGACAGGUGCGGCCGAGGGUCGGACCGAGGAGCGGACAGGUGCGGCCGAGGGUCGGACCGAGGAGCGGACAGGUGCGACCGUGGAGCGGACAGGUGCGGCCGAGGGUCGGACCGAGGAGCGGACAGGUGCGACCCUGGAGCGGACAGGUGCGGGGGCAGCGGCCCGCUCGAUCCCAUCUCCGGACCAGUUCAAACUGAGGCGGUUCUUCGUGCUGAGGCCUGGCACUCUGAAUCAGGCCAUCAAAGACGUCGAAGCUCUGGUGGAUGAGAAAGUGGAUGGCAGCGUUCACGGCAUCUGGCUGAUGGCAGAGGUGGAUCACUGGAACAACGAAAAGGAGCGUCUUGUUCUCAUAACGGACAACUCUCUCCUGGUCUGCAAGUACGACUUUGUCAUGUUCACCUGUGACCAAGUACAGAGGGUCGCGCUGAACUUUGUGGACCGCAUCUCCCACGGCGCCUUCAGCUUCCCGAAGCGCUCCCUCCUCCAGAGAGGAGGGGAGGGGGUGCGAGUCUUCUGGGACCGGCUGAGGGAGCCCUCCUUCACAUCCAGGUGGAACCCCUUUGCCACCGACUUCCCUUUCAUCACCUUCACCUCUCAUCCCGUGUGGAACGCCAGCGACACGUUCGCGCAGCUCUGCGAUGUCAAGAACUUCCGUGAGCAGCUCUGGGAUGCAGCGCAGAAAGUCCACGCCGUGAAACCAGUUCCUGGGAAGGCCAAUGGCGUCCUGGUCCUGAAUCAGCAGAUCCAAAUCGAGGCCUACGUAGGCCUCAUGUCUUUCCUCGGCAACCAGAACAAGCUGGGUUACUGCAUGGCUCGAGGAAACAUUGGCUUCUAAACGUUCAUUACAAUAAUUUCAUUGUCGUUGUGAAUUCUGUGGCUCAGUUUGUUUACAGAGAGUUUUGUAAUUCUUGAAGGAUUGACCAAAGAUUUUUCCGUGUUCAGGUUUGCUUUUUGUUUCACAUCGAAGCAGGACGAGGUGUGUGAGCUUUAAACAACUGUGUGAUCUUCCCCCGCUGCUUCAAACCAGUGUGCUGUGUCUGAGUACUCAGAAAUAUCCACAUUUCAACGCGGCUCUUCGCCGGAUGACGGAUCUCCCGCUGCUCUCAAGGAGCUUUGUAUUUGCUCCUCAGUGAUAUGGUAAUUCAAGUCUUUUGCAACGGGACUCCUUUCUUCCUCCCCCCAGUGUCUCUGCUAAGAGCUCAUUCCCAUGCCAUUCAGCCCCUCAGAGAUUCACCGGAGCACGGGGGAACAUUUGUCAGUUUAUCAUUCGUAGUGUAUUUUUACAGUGCAUACAGUGCUGGAAUUUCCCAUUUGAUUUGUGUGUUUGCCGUUAGUAGCUCUUGUUUAGUGCCAUCUGUCUGUCUUGUCAUGAAGACAUGAAAACAUAAGCCAUGAAACCAUUUUAUUGUUAUAAAAAAGAUGCAGGUUUUUUUAAAUGCGGAUUACUGUAGACUGUUUUUGUUCUGUGCUCUUCAUUCCGGGAAAUAACACAGAAUGCCCUUGUCCAUACCAAAUAAGAAUCCAUGCUUGUGCAAAUGUUAACCUGGCAGUGCCCUUUGACCCUUCAACAAUGUACAAUACAAAGAGUACUCAUA